AUGGUAUAUGCAAUAUCAUGGAAUGAUUUUAUCCAAGCAACAAGGAAAAUUGUUUCGGAUUCACCAGAUAAAACAAGAUAUGUUAUAAAAUUACAUAAACCAACUGAUGAAAUUAUAUUAAAGGUCACGGAUAAUAAUAAUACGAUAAUGUAUAGAUUAAGUAAAAAUGGUAACAUGAAAAAACUUGAAGAAUUUAAUUCCCUUUUCUUAACAUGGGGAACAAGUGAAAAUCCAAAUGAGCCAUUCCCCUUGAAAAUGAAUAAUAAGGGAUCUAUUGAACAAAAAAUGAAAAAGGUUAAGUAG